ACAGACAGACAGACAGACAGACAGACACAUAGGCAACGAGAUACAAAGACUAAGCGCGAAGAACAAGAUUCGAAUUCAUUCAGCAUAUCCGGGACCUCGCAA